AUGUCUUAUCGUGGCGGCAGCAGCGGUGGCUACGGUGGUUCCCGUGACAACUAUGGAGGAGGUGGUUAUAGAGGACGAGGUGGUGGAGGUUACUCCAAUGGCCAUGGCGGCUCCAACGGCUAUAGCAAUGGUGGUGGUUACGGCGGCAGUGGUGGUGGUGAUCGUAUGUCCGCUCUGGGUGCUGGCUUGAAAACUCAAGACUGGGAUCUUUCCACUCUCCCUAAGUUCGAGAAAUCUUUCUACAAAGAGCACGAGGAUGUGACGAAUCGUUCUCAAAAAGAUGUCGACGCUUUCCGUAAAGAACACCAGAUGGCUGUCACUGGCAGGAAUGUUCCUCGCCCAGUCGAAACUUUCGACGAGGCUGGUUUCCCUAACUACGUCUUGUCUGAGGUCAAAGCUCAGGGCUUUGCAAAGCCCACUGCUAUCCAGUCUCAGGGAUGGCCCAUGGCUCUCUCUGGUCGCGACGUUGUUGGUAUCGCCGAAACCGGAUCUGGAAAGACCUUGACAUACUGUCUUCCUGCUAUUGUUCAUAUCAACGCCCAACCCCUUCUUUCUCCCGGUGAUGGACCCAUCGUCCUCAUUCUCGCACCCACUCGUGAGUUGGCCGUUCAAAUUCAGACUGAAAUCAGUAAAUUCGGACGUUCAUCUCGCAUUCGCAACACUUGUGUUUAUGGUGGUGUCCCAAAGGGCCCUCAAAUCCGUGAUCUCAGCCGUGGCGUUGAAGUGUGCAUUGCCACUCCUGGUCGCUUGAUUGACAUGCUUGAAGCUGGCAAGACCAACCUUCGCCGUGUCACAUAUCUUGUUUUGGACGAGGCCGAUCGUAUGCUUGACAUGGGUUUCGAGCCUCAAAUCCGCAAAAUCAUUUCUCAGAUUCGCCCUGACCGACAGACCUGCAUGUGGUCCGCCACUUGGCCCAAGGAGGUUCGUCAACUCGCCAGCGACUUCUUGAACGAUUUCAUUCAAGUCAACAUUGGUUCGAUGGAUCUUUCUGCCAACCACCGUAUUACCCAAAUUGUCGAAGUUGUUUCCGACUUUGAAAAGCGCGACAAGAUGAUCAAGCAUCUCGAAAAGAUCAUGGACGACCGCAAGAACAAGUGCCUUAUCUUCACUGGUACCAAGCGCGUCGCCGACGACAUUACUCGUUUCUUGCGCCAGGAUGGAUGGCCAGCAUUGUCUAUCCAUGGUGACAAACAGCAAAACGAACGUGACUGGGUCUUGCAGGAAUUCAAGAAUGGCAAGAGCCCGAUUAUGGUUGCUACUGAUGUGGCUUCCCGUGGUAUUGACGUUCGCGAUAUCACUCAUGUGAUCAACUAUGACUAUCCCAACAACUCGGAGGAUUAUGUUCAUCGUAUUGGUCGUACUGGCCGUGCCGGUGCUAAGGGAACGGCCAUUACGUUCUUUACCACUGACAACUCUAAGCAGGCUCGUGAUCUUGUCACCAUCCUUAGUGAGGCCAAGCAGCAAAUCGAUCCUCGCCUGCACGAAAUGGCUCGCUACAGCGGUGGCGGCGGUGGCGGCCGAGGUUGGGGAGGUGGUCGUGGUCGUGGUGGCUAUCACCGCGGCGGCGGCGGCGGCGGUGGUGGUUACACUGCUUCCAACUCCGCUCCUCUUGGAAACAACCGACGCUGGUAG